UCAACUGUCCGGUUUAAUGUGUCAAGAAGACUUUCUAAUAAUGUUUUACCUUUUACUUUCGUUAACUGUUGUAGGAAGUGGGGUUUUAGCUGUUGGCAUGUCACCCUUAACUGUCAUUCAUUGUUAUAUUAUUAAAGUCCAGCCUAUCUAUGUUAUUGUGUUUAUUUUGGUGGAUUUUUUGGUCAACAUUCUCUUUAGAUGCCUCCAUUGUAAAUCAGCGACGUGUUCAGUCGUAUUGUUGACAGGAGGGAGACUGAAUCAUGAUGACUUUGCAGUACCGUAAUGGCACGUAGUUUGUGCAAUGUAAUCAUUUUACAUAUAAUAACGUUUCUCUUACACCUGCAGCAGAUGAGAUAACCAUUCAGCCGUGUAAUAUUCUCGAUAAUUAUCUGCUGUUUUUAGCUUCUGAUUCUGGAUCAUUUGCAGAUCCAUAUUCCACAUAAGACCCCUGGGUUUGUCCAAAUGCUCAAAAGCUUUAUGACAACUUGUUAGUUGGAUUUAGCAUGAGGUAACGACAGGCAACGCUAACACAAGAUACUUUUUAAAGCACAGAUUCUGUUUUCUAAACAAGUCAAUCCACUUGAUAAUCUAGUACCUCUUUCUUUCUGUCACACACAAACACAAUAAAAUGCCAUCUAAGGAGCGUGAUGAUGAGGACGUGAAAUGUUCGAGGGGGAGAGUUGCACCUACACCUAUCUGCUUGCAGACACAGAAACCAGGGAGGCGAUCAUCAUUGAUCCGGUGCUGGAGACCAUUGACAGAGACCUGCGUCUCAUACAGGAGUUGGAUCUGAAACUAAUAGUAGCAGUAAACACUCACUGCCAUGCAGACCACAUAACCAGCUCUGGGUUGAUGAAGAAAAGACUGGUUGGGCUGAAAAGUGCUAUCUCCAGAUUCAGCGGUGCAUCUGCAGAUAUCCAGUUAGCAGAAGGGGAUAAGAUCAAAUUUGGAAAACAUUAUUUGACUGUAAAUAACACUCCAGGACACACUGAUGGAUGCACAACCUUGGUGUUUGGAGAUCAGAGCAUGGCUUUCACUGGAGACUCUCUGCUCAUUAGAGGCUGUGGCAGAACAGAUUUCCAGCAGGGCUGUGCUAGUCGGCUCUAUGAGUCGAUCCACACGAAGAUCUUCACGUUGCCUGAUGAGUGCCUCGUCUAUCCAGCUCAUGAUUAUUUAGGCCAGACGGUUUCCACAGUUGGUGAGGAACGCAGGUUCAACCCUCGAUUGACCAAGACCAAGGAAGAGUUUGUGAAGCUCAUGAACAACCUGAAUCUCCCCAAGCCGAAAAAAAUAGACAUUUCCGUUCCUGCUAAUCUGGUUUGUGGAUUACAUGAAGGUUGAAUGCUGCAUAAAAAAUCUGAUUUAAUGGGAGGAAUUAACUUUUAUGUUUUUAACAAGAUGCACCCAAACGGCUCACUAUGAAGAGCUUUCUUUGUUUGUCGCAAGUAACAUUUUUGCCAUGGUCAGAUCUGAGCUUUGAAGGUAUUUUUGCAUAAAAUAUUAAAAAAUAAAUUUCUAAUUUUGUAAUAAAACUGAAUAAUAACUGUUCUGUGUAUAUAAAUGUAAAAACAUACCAAUCGUUUGUAUUGUUGAAUGAAAUGUAUUAUUUUCUCUGUACAGUUGGUAUUAUGAAUGAUUGGCAGCAUGGUGGGGUAGUGGUAAGCAUCGUCACUUUAGCAUCAAACCUGCUUUAAUCAGCCUGUGGGCUUUUUUCAGGGAGGUGGGACGCUGCAUUUCUAGCGUCCCUGUUCUGAAAACCAUCAUGAUUGUUUUUAACGUGUGAUAAAUGGUUUAGCCUGAAUGUGUCAAAUCUGAUCUGUGUAACGAGUCAGUAACUGAUGCCAAUCUACAUGUUGGCUUUCAGUCCUGUAAUGUGCUGCUUUAAUGAUCCAAGUAGAGGAUGCAGUCCUCAUUCAGCCACAGAAACCUGCAGAUGUGAUUAAAACUGAACUUGUACAGCAAGUGUCCAAAUAAAACCGAUUUCAAGCAAA